AUGUCCUCAAAUGAUGACGACUACCGUUGGAAUGUUUUUCGUUCACAUAAGAGGGCUGCAACUGAAACUCCUUCACUAACACCAUGGAUGAUCACUUCCCUGCAAGCAACAAAGCUUCUUCUUUUCCUCAUGUGCAACACGUUUCUAACGCUUGGAUCGGCUAUUUCGAAGAUUUGCGUUCUAAUUCUUGCCACAAACAUCUGGGACAGAAAGUACCAUACGGAUCCCUACGCACGAAGAUGUUCGAGGAUUCCCGUACAACGUACUCCGAGAGGAGUUGCUGCUAUGUACCUUGCUUUACUGUUCAUUCAAGCAGUACCAGAUGGAACAGUGAAUCUUCAUGUGAAUGGAUUCCUGAUGGAACCUUUUCAGUUUGUUGUGUUAGAAUUUCUCCGUGCCUUGGGGCUAUCCUUACUGAUUUUUACCGUAUUUCCACAACUGGAUCUGUAUCGGUGUUUAUGCUUAUGUGCCUGUUUCCCCAUCAUUACUGCACUACAAAAACUUUUGUCCACUAUAUCAAGAACAUUCAAACCUGGCCGUUCCUUUGGCGCAAGAAUGUGUAAGGGAAACAGAUUUGUUCGAGAUUUUUUAUCGACGACCACAUUACCUCAUCUCAUCUUAUUCCUCGCACUUUUUAGUGCUACUUAUUUAUGGAACGUUAUGGAAACUUUCUCUGUCCAAGAUAACAAGAUGAUUUGGGUCUUACCGUUCGGCUUGUUUGCCAUUUCUAUUGGAUUUUGGGAAUCGUGGGUGUCCGAAAAUCACGCAGAAACCACGUUCCAUGAGCUCUACCAGGUGAAGUAUGGUCUGCGUAAGCUGAACAUUUCAACCCGUCUGCUGAUAGCUAUCGUUCGUAUAAUCACUGUGCUGGUUGUGAUGAUCUAUGCAGCAAAAGGAAGGGUCAAGCCGUACCUGUUCUUUAAUGUCCUUACAUCGUACAGUUACAGUUUUAGACAAACACGGUUGCUCCUAAUUGCCUUCGGAAUGAUCCUGUUGAACUUUUCUCUUCGUGGUUGUGCCCGUUUCCUUGCUGCAAUUGGGAUGCGUGCGUUUUCCAUUUUCCAUCCUGUCACUAUCGUGCCGGCUGUGGGAUAUGCAAUUAUUGCCUUCAUUUGUAAUCAUAAAAUUUGUGGAAUUGCUAAUUUUUUGGCGAGAUUGGGCCUUCGAUGGAGUUGCGAUCAGUGGGGAAGAAAGACUCGGCCAUUCGAUGAUUGGUACAUCUGUAUGAUUUGGCUAGCGGUAGGCGCCUAUCGUGGAUAUCAGUUCGUACACCAAAAAUCCUACGACAAAUGUGAUGAAGUAGUUGAUUCAAUGCCCCCGGUACCCAAUGGAUUCUGUAUAGAACAAUCACUUGUUGUGUUCCAUAUCUCGCUCAGUAACGCGGAGCCAAUAUUUGAUAUCGACGAUGAUCAUGGGGAUCCUUAUGAUGAAUUGAUAGUAAGAAAUGAUGAGGUUGAUAGCACGCUAACCUUGUACAUGUGUGCAACAAUGUGGCACGAGACGGCUACAGAAAUGGCGCAAAUGUUGCGUAGCAUAUUAAAGUUGGACGGGGAGCACGCACGUAGGCUAGCAGCUAAGAAAGCAGAUCAAUUACGUUUUAAACUUGAAGGUCACAUAUUUUUUGAUGAUGCAUGGGAAGACCGCACAGAGCUGGGUAUUACAAAGCGAGUCCCGAAUGAUUUCUUCCGUACAUUCUUUGACACCCUCAGUGAAUUGACUGGAGAGUUCGUUGAUGAAUCUGGCUCAAUGAUGUCAAGGAUCCUAGUCAAUACUCCGUACGGUGGCCGGCUGGUAGUGAAACUUCCAGCCGGUACGUUGCUGUUUGUCCAUCUCAAGGAUAAGAAGCUCAUCCGACAUAAGAAGAGAUGGAGCCAGGUCAUGUACAUGUAUUACUUGCUUGGCCAUCGUAUCAUGGAUUCACCACUAAGCAUUGAAGAUCGUCAGCAAAUGGCUGACAAUACCUUUAUUCUCGCAAUUGAUGGAGAUUCAAAGUUCGAACCGGAGGCAGUGAUGCGUUUGCUGAAUCUCAUGAAUACUAAGAGUGACAUAGGAUGUGCUUGUGGCCGUAUUCAUCCUAUCGGUUCAGGUAUUAUGGUGUGGUAUCAAAAGUUCGAAUACGCUAUAGCGCACUGGUUCCAGAAGGCAGCCGAGCACGUGUUUGGCUGUGUACUAUGUGCUCCUGGCUGUUUUUCGCUGUUUCGUGCCUCAGCCCUUAUGGAUGAUAAUAUCAUGCACAAGUAUACCAAGACUGCACAAGAACCUCGGCACUUUGUACAAUAUGAUCAGGGAGAAGAUCGAUGGUUGAGUACUUUGAUGUUGAAACAAGGAUACCGCAUCGAAUAUGUGGCUGCAUCGGACGCUGAAACUUAUGCUCCUGAGGGAUUUGAAGAGUUUUUCAAUCAACGAAGACGCUGGACUCCUUCAUCUAUUGCCAAUACGAUCGAUCUGCUCUCCGAUUACAAGAGAGCAUCGGAAAACAACGAUUCAAUAUCAAUGUCCUACAUUUCGUAUCAAUUUAUGGUGAUCUUCUUCUCAAUGCUUGGACCGGCUAUCAUUUUCACUAUGCUUGUAUUUGCGCAGGUAGCUGCAUUUGGUGUCGAUUCGGCCAAAGUGAUGCUGUACAACGGGAUUCCGAUCAGUUUAUUCAUAUUGAUAUGUUUUAUUACAGAAUCUAAUGUACAGCUUUUAUAUGCCAAGUUAAUGUCCAUCAUCUAUGCCUUUGUAAUGCUUGCAGUUUUGGUUGCAACGUCUUCACAGAUAGUGUUGGAAACUGUGAUCUCUCCAACAUCAAUGUUCAUCGUGGCUAUGGUUCUCAUAUUCUUUAUUGCCGCUUGUUUGCAUCCAAGGGAAUUCACGAAUAUUAUAUACGGAAUCGUGUUCUUCCUUAUGAUUCCAUCAACAUACGUAUUUUUGACACUAUACUCACUUAUAAACCUGAAUGUAAUCAACUGGGGAACACGUGAAGCAGUUGCGAAGGCAACAGGAAAGGUAUGUGGGAUAUUCCUCGAGGGUCUUUUCGGGUUGAUUGAGAGGAAGCUAGAACGGCUGGAGCGAUCAGUGGCCGAAUUGCAUCACAUCGAGGAUCAAUUUUUUUUUUCAAAGCAGAAACAAAAACUCUUUGAAAGAUUUAGAUGUGCUGUCUUUGCUAGAACGGGAAACUUUGGAGCUGAAGAGAAAUUCUGGAUCCAACUGAUUGAAACUUAUUUAAAGCCGAUCGAGUCAUCGCCACAGCAGCAGAGCGCAAUAGCGGAAGGCUUAGCGUCGUUACGUAAUAAUAUCGCCUUUGCCAUUAUUCUCCUUAACGCUCUUCUCGCUCUUGCCAUUUACCUUAUACAAAAGCACAAGAAUGUGCUAAGUAUCCGCUGGACACCUUAUCGGAAUUUCAAGUGGACGAAAAUGAAUGAACUGACAGGCCAAUAUGAAGAAACCAAAGACCCACUCAAAAUUGAUCCCCUGGGUAUGGCAAUCAUUGUGUUCCUACUUGGAAUCCUCAUAGUUCAAACAAUCGGCAUGCUCAUUCACCGUUUGAACACAAUGAUAGGAGCGUUCCAAGAAGUGAACCAGCUUCAUGAUCUGGUGCCAAAUUGGAAGUCAAAGAAAACUGACGAUGAACGCAUUUUAACUGCUGCUCGUCAAAUGACCGACACAACCUCAUACGCCCUCAGUCAUGGAGCAGAUGGCUAUACUAGACAUCGUGAACUUGAUAGAGAUAACGAAACAGUGCUCUACAAACUUCAACGAGCUCGUCUGGCAAAACGAAUGCAAAAAGCGGAAGCUAAGAAUCAGGCAUGA